CCAGCAGGUGAUGGGGUGGGCAAGGUGCAGUAAUGCAGAUUGGCCACUAGGUGUCUGCCAGAGAUCUAAACACCAGCUGGAGCCUAAUGACAGGCAGGGUCACGCCCCUUCCAAAAUUAUCCCCUGUUCCAGCCUGGUCAGACCCCUCAUACAGCAGGCAGGGAAGGCACAAGCACUCUGUCUUCUGGCUAAGGGGCUGAACGUUGCUCCUACCACCAUGAGCACCAUGUCUUACCAGAAGGAGCUGGAGAAGUAUCGGGACAUCGAUGAGGAUGCGAUCAUGGGGGCGAUGUCGGCUGAGGAGCUGGCCCAACUAGACUUGGAGCUACAAGAGAUGGACCCUGAGAAUAUCCUCCUCCCAGCUGGGAUGCGGCAGAGAGAUCACACAGUGAAGACCCCAACUGGGCCACUAGACCGAGAUGCUCUUCUACAGCAUCUAGAAAAAGAGGCCAUAGACGCCAAGGAGAGGGAGGACCUGGUACCAUUUACCGGGGAAAAGAAAGGAAAGCCCUUUAUACCAAAACAAGCAAAGCGUGAAAUACCCAAAGAGGAGCAGAUUACACUGGAGCCGGAGCUGGAGGAGGCACUGGCCAAUGCUACCGAUGCUGAGAUGUGUGACAUUGCCGCCAUCUUGGGGAUGUACACGCUGAUGAGUAAUAAGCAGUACUAUGACGCCAUUACCACUGGAAUCAUCACUAACAAGGAAGGAAUCAACAGUGUAGUACAGCCAGACAAAUACAAACCGGUUCCCGAUGAGCCACCAAAUCCAACCAAUGUGGAAGAAACAUUGCAGAAAAUCAAGAGCAACGCAGGAGAUCUGGAUGAAGUUAAUCUGAACAAUAUGAAGGACAUUCCUAUACCCACGCUGAAGGAGAUCUGUGAGGCCAUGAAGAGUAACAGCCACGUAAAGAAGCUGAGCUUAGUGGCUACGCGCAGUAACGACCCCGUGGCCUAUGCAGUGGCUGAAAUGCUGAAAGAAAAUAAAACUCUUGAGAGCUUGAACAUUGAGUCAAACUUUAUCUCCAGCGCGGGGAUGCUGGCUGUCAUUCAGGCCAUGAAACAUAACUCUACUCUGACUGAGCUCAAGGUGGAUAACCAGCAUCAGAACCUAGGAGACACCGUAGAGAUGGAGAUGGCCUCUAUGCUGGAGAAUAGUCCUUCUAUAAUACGCUAUGGGUACCACUUUACACAGCAGGGACCAAGGGCCCGAGCAUCAUCCGCAAUCACCAAGAAUCUGGAAAUCCGUCGCAAGAAGAAGAAGGUUUAAGAAAUCUGUGACUUGUCUUCUGACACUCAACUCAAAUCCAGCCUCAUUCAUCUCUAAGGUGGCGCCUAUGACCCGUCUUGCCCUAUUCAUAGAAUAUAGUCACCCAUGUGAAUUGUCUACCUUUUGUUUUGUAUUUAUCAUGUCCCUUUAAAUGUGGAAUUCAUAUGUAGAUCCUAGGAAGAUUCCAUACCUCUUGUCCUCGUAUCCUACAUCUUCACCAUCUCUAUCCAUCUUUCCUCUCAUAUUCUAAAUAUCCACUCAUCUUUCCUCAUGUCCUCUAUACUCACCCGUCUUUCCUCAGGUCCUCCAUCUUCAGCUGUCUUUCCUCAGGUCUUCCAUCUUCACCCGUCUUUCCUCAGGUCCUCCAUCUACACCCGUCUUUCCUCAGGUCCUCCAUCUGCACCUGUCUUUCCUCAGGUCCUCCAUCUGCACCUGUCUUUCCUCAGGUCCUCCAUCUUCAACCAUCUCUCCUCAUGUCCUCCAUCUCCACCCAUCUUUCCUCAUGUCCCCCAUUUCCACCCAUCUUUCCUCAUGUCCUCCUUCCCCACCCAUCUUUCCUCAUGUCCCCCAUUUCCACCCAUCUUUCCUCAUGUCCUCCUUCCCCACCCAUCUUUCCUCAUGUCCUCCAUCCCCACCCAUCUUUCCUCAUGUCCCCCAUCUCCACCCAUCUUUCCUCAUGUCCUCCAUCUCCACCAAUCUGUCCUCAUGUCCCCCAUCUCUACCCUUCUCUUAGUGAGGUAACUUCUCUGUAACGCUGCAUAAUUUUGUCUUAACAUUAACACAUCACCUACACACAGUGGUGGCAGCCAUUUUGUGACAUGAACCAAGCGUGACAGGAAUCCAGCCGACGUCACUGAGCCAUGAGACACUAUGAGCCUGGAUCCUAGAGUUGAUAAGCUGCUCUCUCAGCCCUAAAGAUGGCUGCCUCCACUGCCUGUCAGGUACGACUUAACCCCCUUUACCCCCCUGCGGACCCUCCGAUAUCUGCUCAUUGCUCAAGAUGUAUCUUGUGAGAAGUCGUGUUGGUGGGAAAAGGGGGCGAGACUGGAAAAAAAAGUUAAUUGUAUUUAAAAUAUGUAAAUAAAUUGACUUUGAUCUGUUA